AUUAGUUCCUGCUUUCGACGCGUUGGCGCUGGCAGCGUUGAUCAUUCGAUACAUAAAUUGUAGUCGAAUUAUUCCGUAAAUUAUUUUCGAUUUGUUCUGUAUUAUUUCCUGGUAAUUAGUUAGCAAAAUGUCUUUGACAAGUUUAUUGCCAACACCCAGUCAAGUUGUUUGGGAUAGAGAAGAUGAAGCUCGUGAACAAAAAUUACGCCAAAGACCAGUCUCUGCUUUGGUUAAGGCUGUUAUUACAGCACCACCUUAUGGACAACGAAAAGGAUGGGUUCCACGCAAUGCAGAGGAUUUUGGAGAUGGAGGUUCCUUUCCAGAAAUUCACGUUGCUCAAUAUCCGUUGGGAAUGGGAAUGAAAGGCAAAGAAACGACUAGUAAUGCACUUGCAGUUCAAUUAGAUGCGCAAGGAAAAGUUAAAUAUGAUGUUAUAGCUAGACAGGGUCAUUCUAAAGAUAAAAUAGUCUAUAGUAAACUCAGUGAUUUAUUACCAUCUGAAAUAACAAGCGAGGAAGAUCCUACCUUACAACGUCCAGCUGACGAUGAAAUUGAUGAGAUUACAGAAAAAACUAAAAAAGCUUUAGAAAAGAUUACUAGGUCAAAAAUCGCUGCUGCCAUGCCUGUCAGAUGUGCGGAGAAACAAGCACCAGCUCAAUAUAUUCGAUAUACUCCUUCUCAGCAAGGACAAUCAUUUAAUUCAGGUGCCAAACAAAGAGUUAUUAGAAUGGUAGAAGCUCAGAUAGAUCCAUUAGAGCCACCAAAAUUCAAAAUUAAUAAGAAAAUUCCACGAGGACCUCCUUCUCCCCCAGCGCCUGUCAUGCAUUCUCCAACAAGAAAAGUUACGGUGAAAGAACAGAAGGAAUGGAAAAUACCGCCUUGUAUCAGUAACUGGAAAAAUGCUAAGGGUUAUACAAUUCCUCUCGAUAAACGUCUCGCUGCAGAUGGUCGUGGGUUGCAACAAGUUCACUUGAAUGAAAAUUUUGCGAAAUUAGCAGAAGCCUUGUAUAUUGCUGAUAGGAAAGCUCGAGAAGCAGUUGAAAUGAGAGCUCAGUUGGAGAAGAAAUUAGCGCAGAAGGAAAAAGAGAAGAAGGAGGAUCACUUGAGACAGCUCGCACAGAAAGCUAGAGAAGAACGUGCUGGAUUGAAGUCCAGUGCGGCAUUAGAUAAGGCCGAAGAAUCACGUGAAAGAGAUCAGUUAAGACAAGAACGACAUAAGGAUCGUGCACGAGACCGAAAUUUAGCACGUGCUGCACCAGACAAGAGAUCUCGUUUACAACGUGAACGUGAACGUGAUAUCAGCGAACAAAUUGCACUUGGUCUACCAGCAAAAAGCAUUCCCACUUCUGGAGAAGCACAAUUUGAUCAGCGUUUGUUCAAUACUAGUAAAGGGAUGGACAGUGGUUAUGGUCACGAUGAUGAAUACAAUGUUUAUGAUAAGCCAUGGAAAGAUGCAAAUUCUAUUGCCUCUCAUAUCUAUCGGCCAAGUAAAAAUAUUGAUAAAGAUAACUACGGAGAUGAUUUGGAAAAACUUGUUAAAACAAAUAGAUUCGUACCGGAUAAAGAGUUCAGUGGUACUGAUCGAUCGACUACACGAUCUGGACCAGUGCAAUUUGAAAAAGAUGAGGAAGAUCCUUUCGGUUUGGAUCAGUUCUUGAAACAAGCUAAACAUGCUACAAGUUCGACAAGUACAACGACGAAACGUAAAGAAGACAGAGAUCAACGUCGUGACGAUCGUGACAAACGUAGGAAACAUUAAUUUUUCUUUUUAUUUUGGAUUGUAUCUUAUACUGAUAAAAUACAUACUAUUGCGUGUGUAUAUAUAUAUGUAUAUACCAUUCAGACAAUUUAAUGAAUGCGUCCGAUGGUAAAUAUAAUUAUAUUAUAAUCAAAGCAAUAGAUAAGCGAGAUAUUUCAUAUUAAGUAUUUUAAUAUGUUUAUAGUUAAGUAUAUAAUAUAUAUAUAUAUAUAUAUAAAUCUAGAAUUAAUAUCACAAAUUACAUUAUAUCGCCGUAUGUAAGUACUUAUGAGUGUGUGGUACGUGUGCCUGUGCGUGUGUAAACACGUACACAUUAAUAAUCAAUACAAAUUUAUAACGAUUGAUAAUAAUGAUGAUGUUAUUAAAGGUCGUUAAUUACGUCUAAGAUAUAAAUAAUAAAAAUGGUGUCAGAUCAAGGUCGAUCACUUUCGACGAGAUGGUCUUUCACAAAGUUUCGUAGAAUAUAUGUACGUCGUAUCUUCCUUAGAAAUUAUUUAUAAGUUUAAUUAUUUUAUUAUAUUUCUUUUAUUAACUAUUAGCACAAUUAUAAUCUAUUACACAUUCUUCAUAAUUAAUAAUAAGAUUCAAUCGUUGUCAUUUGUAAUUAAUUUACUUCAGGAUAUAUAAUAAACAUUGUAAUUUUUUAAUAAUAUCAUAUAUUUUAAAUACAAUUUACGAACUCUUUCUUCGCAAAUUUCUUUUUAGAAGGAUGUAUUAUGUUUCAGUCGUAUAUAUAUUUAUAAUUAUUUCAUAUAUAUAGUUUAUUGUAUUAGACUGUUCUUUAUCCCUGGUUUUAUAAUGGUUUACGGCAACGAUGAGUACAAACAUAAUUUUUGAUCGAUUUUGAUGAACGAGAUCUUCUUUCAAAGAUAAAGGUUUAAGCGGGGACAUGACUUUUUUUUAGAAUUUUUAAAAAAGCUUUAUCUUCUUUGGAAAAAAUCGCGUUGAAAAAUUGUAUUCGUUUGGAGAAUAAUUCGUGCAUGAAAAUCAAAGGUCACUCUUUUUGAGCGAAAUUAAAACGAAA